AUGCUGAAGCUUUCACUGCCCAUAUCGAGAGUCAGCUCACAAUCGAAGAGCGAUGGACAGUCAGAGGCGAUGAAUACAACAACUCUCGAUGAAUUAGAGUGUCUCGUGGUCAUGCGAUUAUUCAAACUAUCUAAACUCUCACUUUCAGGAACGGGGUACAAAUUACAGCAACAGAUCGGAAAGGCGUUGCAGAGACGUUCAGAUGCAAUUCGGAAUGCCAUCAACAAGUAUAAUGUGCAAGCUACUGCCCUUAAUCCUGCCCAACCACGCUUAUCAUGGAAGGACAUAGCCGAUUAUAGUUUCCUGGGCGAGUUUGAUGUUCUCCGAUAUUCACGCACUGACAUGCAUGAACUUGACUGGGCCAAGCCUACACAUCGAGAAGGCUCAGUCAAAUUCUUCAAGCUUUGCCGUGCGUAUGAAGAAGUUGAGCAUCUCAACAUUGAAGUUCGUCGUCUGCGGACUGCCAUUCAUGAUGAGGGCGCACAGAUGUCUACAACCAUCAAUAAACUCCUUGACUCAAAUCCUCCGCUGGGUCAGGAGCUGCAGAAGCGCUGGAAACUGCGUUCCACAGUCAAUUCUGUACAUUUAUUCUGA